CACUCAAAAAAGAAAGAGUAAAUUUCACAAAACCAUAUUUAUGGGGCUAGGGUUUCAUCGGGCCAAAAUUAUCACUAAUAGUCUCACAGAACCACAGUUUUUGGGGGCAAGCUAUUUCACAGAACCCAAAUCGUGUAGAUUAGGCAGUUUGAUGGUAUUUUUGAUAGGUGAGAUCCACUUGUCAUAUGUCAAGUCGGAUCCGUUUCGUUGCCACGUCAGCUUCUUGACCCGUUCGGACCCAUUAAGGGUUAUUUCUCUACUUAAAUCGCAUCUCGGGUCGGGUUCGGAGCUGACAUGGAUACGAAACGGGUCGUCCCGCCCGACGUGGCAUAUGACAGGUGGGCUCCACCUAUCAGAAAAACCAUUAAAUGAUAUAAUCUACCUGAUUUGGGUUAGGUGAGACAGCCUGCCCAAAAAACUGUGGUUUUGUGAGAGUAUUAGUGAUAGUUGUGUCCCGAUGAAACUCUAACCUCAAGAAGCGUGGUUUUGUGAAAUUUAAUAAAAAAUGAAAGUGACACCAUUUAUUGGUUGCGACCACUUUGUUUGAGAUUCAUCUCUGUGUAGUCUGUACGUAUUGCUUUCCUUCCCGGCGGCACUGCCCUGUCAAUCGAUCGGCUCCUGAUCCAAUCCAUGGCGAAGUCGGCGGCGGCGCUCAUCACGCCGGCGAGGGCCACCCCGGGCGGCGUCCUCCCGCUCUCGUCCAUCGACCGGAGCAUCGUCGGCGGCCUCCAGGCGCACACCGUCCAGGUCUUCGACCGGCCGCCGUCGUCGGCGUGCGCCGUGGCGGCGCUGCGCGAAGGGCUGGCGAGGGCGCUGGUACCCUACUACCCGGUGGGCGGCCGCGUGACCCCUUGCGGCGGCGCCGUGGACUGCACGGGCGAGCUGGGCGUGUGGCUGCUGGAGGCCGCGGCGAGCGGCUGCGACGCGGCCGGCGUCCUCGACGGCCGCGUCCCCGGGGAGCUCCUUCUGCCAGGGGCCGAGAAGCUCGUGUCCGGCGCCGUCCUGGCAGCCCAGGUGACGAGGUUCGCCUGCGGCGGGGUCGCCGUCGGGGUGAGCUUCAGCCAUGCCGUGAUGGACGGGCAUGGCGCCGGGCAGUUCCUUUGCGCGGUCGGGGAGCACGCGCGCGGCGUGGCCCCGUCCGUGGCUAGCCCCGUGUGGGCACGCGACGCGCUCAUUCCGGACAUCCCUCGCAGCAGGCCGCCACGUGGGACGCCGCCGCCGCCAAUGCCAGAGCCCGAGCCGAGGCGGUUCGUGUACCAGGUGGCCGACGUCUCGCCGGACAGCAUCGCGCGCGUCAGGAAGGAGUACUCCCAGCUGACGAAGAAGAAGGCGUGCAGCGUCUUCGAUGCCGUGACCGCCGUGGUGUUCAAGUGCCGCGCGCUGGCGCUGCUGGCGACGACGACGGAAUUGGGGGAGGAGCUGCGUCUGGGGUUCGCCGUCGGCACGCAGCACCUCGUCCUCCCCGCCGGCGUCGCGGGCUACUACGGCAACUGCGGGAACAUGGCGCGCGUGCGGUUAUCCCCGGCAUAUUCAGCAUCGGCGUCGCUGGGCGAGCUGGUGGUGGCGAUACGGGAGGGCAAGGAGAAGCUGGAGGCGCGGGUCGCCGGCUGGCUCGGCGGGCGCGACGGCUACUUCGACCCGGCGCCGUUCCCGGUGGAGGACUACGGCACGGUGGCGGUGUCGGACGUGAGGCACCUCGGGUUCACCGAGGUGGACUACGGCUUCGGGGAGCCACGCUACUUCUUCCCGCCCACCCACCACCUCGGCUUCCCCAACGUCUACUACGUAAAGCCACCCAAGCCCAAGGCCGGCGUCCGCCUCCUGCUCCGGUGCGUCCGGGAGCCGCACGCCGCCGCCUUCGCCGCCCAGCUCGCCGAGUUCGCCCGCGGCAGAGACGAGGUCUACACCUGCCGGUCUCGAAUUUAGUAGUGCAGGGCCAAGGGCACAGGGUAAUUGCAUUUGCCGUGUGCUCAGAACUUUCCCAUUUGCAUCUACUCCAUCCGCAAGAUGCCGGUUGGGUGUUUGGCAAGCCAUUGGACUUAGAAGUUACUACCACAGUUAUUAUUUGGUGUUUCCGCUACAAAACACUCGUGAGUCGUGAUGCUCAGUUCACGAGACCACCGUCAUUUAUCUGUGCACCUCUGACAAAUCAAACCAUAUAUGUCAGGGUUAAGCUGCACCAAGAGAACUCA